AUGCGGGAGAAGCUCUUCCAGAUGACUCAGGUUGACCCUGGACACAUGCACACGUUGUGUCUUGGGUCUUCCUGUGUUUACUGGGAUGGUGAUGAUGGGUGGGUCUUGGUUGGUGCUCCGAAGGCAGAAUCUAAAUACAGCACCUCUGUUCAGUCCCCAGGAGCAGUGUUUAAAUGUCGAGUCCAUACCAAUCCUGACAGAAGAUGCACAGAACUGGAUAUGGGACGAGGCAAUUCUCGGGGCACACCCUGUGGAAAGACCUGUAAAGAAGACAGAGAUGAUGAAUGGAUGGGUGUGAGCCUGGCUAGACAACCGAAGGCUGGUGGAAGUGUGCUGGCAUGUGCACACCGCUGGAAAAACAUCUACUAUGAGACAGAGUACAUCUUGCCCCAUGGCUUCUGCAACAUCAUUCCUCCCAACUUACAGUCCAAUGGGAGACAACUCUUGCCCUGCUAUGAAGACUUCAGGAGGCAGUGUCUUCUUGGCCAAGAGCAAUUAACAAAACUAGAUGAAUGA